AUGUGUCCUCUCCAACACUCAAAGCCCCUUUUACGACCAACAACCACCACUGCAAAUUCCUUUCAACACCACAUUCCCGCGCAUAAACUGUCUUCGACUCACUUCCUUACCAUUCUCCAAAAAAAAAAAAUGUCUUCCUCCCCUCCCGCGACUUCCCCUACCGGCGCCGCCUCUGGAUCUGAAGGCGGUACUCGUUCUUCCAGACCUUCGUCGCCCACUCCCCCAGGUGGGCCCAAGACCGCCAUCCGCCGACGAAAUGCCGCCGACAGAGCUGCGCAGGCGGCGAAUGCUCGUCCGGCCAGCACCAGGGCUGCUGGAGCUGGAGGAAGCUCUAGCACUAUGUUGAAGCUCUACACCGAUGAAUCUCCCGGACUUAAGGUUGACCCUGUUAUCGUUUUGGUUCUCAGCUUGGGUUUCAUCUUCAGUGUUGUCGCUAUGCAUGUCAUUGCCAAGAUUAGCAGGAAAUGGGCGGCUUAAAUUUGUUCGUUAAUUUUUUCUUUCGCUUUCUCGGGCUCUUUAAAAAAAAUCGGUUGGAAUGCGGGUGAUGGACGGGGGGUUUUACUUGUGUACAUCAGGCUACUGGAUAUAUAAUUAAGACAAAAAAGCAGAGAAGGACUGCUCGGAUGUGUGUGCGUGGAA